AUGGAAAGCGCGUGGAUCGAGCUCAAGUCUAGAGGAAAAAAUAAAUCCGCAUCUAGCAAUCAAACAACGAAACCUGACGCCAGGACUAUAGGAGCGAUCAAAGCGUGGAUCGAGCUCAAGUCUAGAGGAAAAAAUAAAUCCGCAUCUAGCAAUAAUAAUAUCAAUGAAGAAGUUAGCGACGACAAUAGUGAACACAUCACUGCAGUUUCCAUAGUCAAUCAAGUGAUAGAAGAAGAGCCGUGGUUUCCUAAGGAAGAUUCGAGACAAAUAAUUUAUAAUGCCAUUGCUUCUAUAAAAAAUCUAUAUGGAGAGAAUUCUGAG